AUGCGACGCAUCCUGGGAUUCCCCCCUGGUGUUGGUGUCCUGCUCAUCAUGUUCAAUCGCUUCCACAAUCAUGUUGCUGAGCACCUAGCUGCAAUCGACGAAGGUGGCCGGUUUUCCAACAUUCUCAAUCCACGGAGCAAACCCCGUCUCGCGAAUGCAGAGGAGUUGUAUGACGAUGCUUUGUUCCAAGUUGCGAGACUGGUUACAACUGGCCUCUACAUCAACAUCAUCCUGAAGGAUUACGUUCGCACCAUCCUCAAUCUGAACAGAGCUGACAGCCACUGGAAUCUCGAUCCAAGAUCUGAAGAGGGCAAGGCAUUUCUCGGUCACAAGAUUCCCGAGGCAACAGGAAACUCAGUUUCCGCCGAGUUCAAUUUGGUAUAUCGUUGGCAUUCAUGUGUCUCUGAGAGGGAUGAACAAUGGACGAAGGACGUUUACACCAAGCUCUUUGGGAGUAGUCAAUCCACUGAAUCAUUGGGGGAUUUCUUGCGGAAACUUGGUGAGUGGGCGACCAAGCUCCCGACCGACAUUUCACAAAGGGAUUUCGCAGGUCUUGAGAGAUCCUCUGAUGGCAGGUACUCGGAUGACAAGCUUGCAGCGAUCUGGACUGCUUCGGUUCAAGAUGUUGCUGGGAGUUUCGGUGCACAACACGUGCCCAAGGUGCUCAGAAACGUGGAGAUUCUAGGAAUGAUCCAAAGUCGGUCUUGGAACCUCGCAAGUUUGAAUGAGUUCAGAGCAUACUUUAAAUUGGCUCCUCACGAGUCCUUCGAAAGUAUAAACCCGGACCCCGUUGUAGCCGAGCAAUUGCGACGACUUUAUGGUCAUCCUGACAACGUUGAGAUCUACCCUGGUAUUGUUGUCGAGGCUGCUAAAGAACCAAAACUGCCGGGCUCAGGUCUUUGCACCAACUUCACAAUCAGUCGAGCAGUCCUGUCUGAUGCCGUUGCACUUGUACGAGGCGAUCGUUUCUAUACCGUCGAUUACAACCCAGCCAAUCUGACCAACUGGGGAUACAACGAAGCGGACUACGACAUCAAUGUGAAUUAUGGUUGCGUCUUUUACAAGCUGGUCUUGAAUGCAUUCCCCAACAAUUACAAGCAGAAUUCAAUCUAUGCGCAUUACCCUUUAGUGGUGCCGAAUGAGAACAAGGCCAUCCUUACUAAACUGAAAAAGGCCGAUCUAUACAAUUUUGAGCAGCCUGCAGAGUUUUCUGCUGUGGUUACCUUGAAAUCUCAUGAUACUGUCAGGAGCAUUAUUGGCAACACAACAGACUUUCAUCCUGCUUGGGAUGCUCAAGUCUUCUCGCCUACUCACGGACCCAGCAAGCCUGAACAUCAACAUCCGCUGUUGGCGCAGAAAUUGUUAGAAGCAAAGGGCUUAGCUGGUGCGGCCACUGUUUUCUAUAAAGAGGCAAUUACUGCUCUGCUGAAGUCCGAAUCGUACCAGGUUGCUGGCAUUCGGCAAGUCGAUAUACUUCGAGAUGUGUUCAAUAUUGCACAUGCCCAGUUCACCGCCAAGUUGUUCUUACUGCCGCUGAAGGGACAGGAACACUCGAAAGCCCGGUACACCGAGACAGACCUGAUUUCAUUACUCUCAGCGAUAUACUCGAGUGUGAGCGCAGAACAUGGACCCGCUCGACGUUUCGUCAUCACUAAAACCAAACAAAAGGAUGUCAGGCAAUUAGCUGAGCACAUACAGGAUGAGGUGGACAGUGUGGUGAAAGGGAGCUUUGGACUUCACUCGCAUUCGACGGUGCAGCUACGCAGCAUUGCUGUCCAGGCUAUUCAAGCUGUCUCUUCGGGCGGAGUGUCAGUCACUGACAUCGUGUGGACCCAAAUUCUGCCACUCGCAGCCAGAUUUUUCAUCUCACAAUCGCGUUCAUUUGCCGAGAACAUCGACCAUUUGUUCAGUGCAGGCCAAGAAAAAGCACAGCAACUGAUCAAUUCAGAUGGCCCGACCAAAGCAGAGAAGAUUCAGGAGUACAUUAAUGAAACUUCUGGACAGCAGCAAGCCACCCCAAUUUCAAAGAAAGCUGUGGCAUCUGCAACGGUCCUAGAUGGGGAGCGGCAAGUCGAGAUAUUGCCUGGACAACUUGUUCUCUGUGAUGUGCCUUCUGGAGAGUACGGCGCGGAGCAAUCUCUCGAGAAACAACUGAUUGAUGCGGGGCUGAGUGCAGCGAUCGAAUGCUUACUACAAUUAGGGAAGGUCACUCGGGCUGUCGGACCGACUGGCGGCUUGAGAAAGAUCAAGAUCAACAACACGGUUAAAUACCUGAAUAUUGAAGAAAGUAAAACGGUCUUAUAUCCAGGUUCACUGAAGGUCGACUGGCAGCUUUGA